CUUUAGGGGACACAAUAUGAUGCUUUUCCUGUUAGUUGGUUUUCUGGGAUCAAUUAAAUAUGUAUUCAUAGUCCAAUUGGGAAGGAUUGACUAUUUUUCAGAGAUAAUUAGUUUAUUUUGUUUGUUGGUCAUUUUUAAGUUCAUGCUAAAAUGCUCAGACUUCUAAAUGCCUUAAAUAUUGCAGUGAAUGUGUGUCUGGUUUUAAAACAUGAUUUCUGCCCAUGUGUCAAGACUAAUGGAGUUGGUUGAAAAAAUAAUUAUAAUAACGAGCGACUGAAAUGAAGCAAAUCCUUUAGCAUUAUUUGUGGUUAAAAUUGCGCUUGUUAUCCGGGAUACUACACUUCCCACAAUGCAUUGCGUUGUGUUCUCGAAUCCGCAGUUUUGUCACAGGAGAAUAUUUAACCUCCUAAAGAAAAAUAAUAACCAAACGUUGAUUUCAAACAAAUUUGUGCUAUACAUUUUAAAUCUAUUUCCUCACUAGCGAAGUUCUAUUUUUACAUUUAAUAGGGUGUUGCCGCUCGUGACGUGGGCGUCGAAUGUAUUUUGUGUUCGGUAACGCUUUGAAAUUCUUGUCCUUAUCUAUAUAUGUAUUUACAUAAAAGAACUUUUGAGAAUCUUUUGCUUUUGUUCCGGCCGUCAUAUGACCCAGUCGGCUUCGAGGAGGUUUGCCCGAACGCUCAAAUUUGAGCCUCAUCUCACUCAAAUUAUAGCCACACACAAAAAAAGUGGACGUUACGAAAUUCAGUCUUUUUGUGGGGGGGGGUUCUGGAACGUUCCAUAGCAGAAAGAACGUUACAGAGCUGUAACAAAUGAUAUAACAUUUGUUAUACGCGUGUUCGACUCUACGCUGUAAAAAAAAACCAAGAAAAAACCGCUCCAGUUAAUUUGUUUUUUGUUUAAACUGUCAAAAGUUUCCCCUAGCUUCGGUGCCUCAUGACCGAAUUCAUCGUCGAACCUUUCCCUUCUCUCGUCACUUUUUUCAGUGCUCAUUUUUUGCAGCGUGAGCAGCAGACCCACGUCACGAUGUCAAAUCACGCCUAUUUUUUUUUUUUUUUUUUUUUUUUUUUGCCUCCGUGUGUGGGACCAACAUCACCGACUCAACACUGUUCAGGACUCCACAAAAAAAAAAAAAAAAAGUUUUGGACCCAAGUCGUGAUGACCGGAUUUCGGCUCAACUUGUCACCGCUGAAGGAGCCACUGGGCUUCGUCAAACUAGUGGAGUGGCUCACUGCCAUAUUUGCUUUUGGAAGCUGCGGCGGCUUCGUGGCCAAGAACAUCGUGUCCGUCUUCUGCGGCGAUGGCAGGAACGAAACGCUCACCGCGAACUUCCACUACCCCUUUAGGUUAAGCGAAGUGGCGCUCAUCGAGGGAAACUCCACGAUAUGUAACCACUCCGUCGGGACCACGCACCUGAUGGGUGACUCGUCCUCCGCGGCCGAGUUCUUCGUGGGCGUCGCCAUCGUCUGCUUCCUGUACAGCAUGGCCGCCCUAUUAGUUUAUUUGGGAUACAUGCACGUUUACAAGAACUCUGACUUUGGACCCAUUUUGGACUUUGUGAUCACGGCGGUCAUAGUGUUCCUGUGGCUGGUGUGUUCGUCCGCUUGGGCCAAGGGUCUGCAGAACGUGAAGGACGCCACGGACACCGAAGGCAUCGGCGCCACCGUCGCGCUCUGCAAGGGCGGCAACAUCACCUGCGAGGUCACCGAGUUCGCCAACCUGCGCACGCUCAACAUCUCCGUGGUAUUUGGCUACCUCAAUAUGUUCGUGUGGGCCGGCAACGCCUGGUUUGUGUACAAGGAGACUCGCUGGCACUCGCAGAAAAUCUCAACCCAACCGGGACCGGGGAGGCAGCAGGUUCCAGCGGCUAUCUAACGCACACGAACAACGUAAACAAACACCUUAUUUUAUUGGCAAAUUGGUGUUUUGUACCCAAAAAUCCAUUUUUUGCUGAUGCGCCAAUGCAUUUAGAAUAUCAAAUUCCUACUUUGUUACAACAAAGAUAGCUUUUCAUGUUUAUUAAGUAGUUUGACGAAAGAAAUUCAGGGUCAUCAUUAGGGUACUGGUAUUAUCCCUCGGCUUGUUCUCAUAGAGGGAAGAUACUUAUUAUGACUGAAUAUUAUUGUGCAUUCGUAUAUUUUUUUUCUUGCAGAGAAAGAGACUAAUUGUGAGCUCAGGAUGCUUUUUUUCCUGCCUUUGUUCACGAAGAACAUUUAAUGAGGCUCUCCUGGCUUUUGAAUGAAUUGAUCUGAUUAUAUAUUUUUCAUCUUUAUUCAUCCCAGAAAAGGUGCUCGCUGCAUGCGUCCAAAAAAAGACGGAAACCUAAUUGUAUCAGGAGAGGUAUUCAAUCUUUCUGCGCCUUUCUCCAUGUCAGGAUUUAUUUAAGUUCCUGUAAGGUGAAACUGAGUGUCAACACCCCUGUCAAAUUUGAAUGAUUAAAAAAAAUUAUAAUAAAUCAAAUAAAAUCCCCAGAUAUCGAAAAUGAGACUUCACAAUCUGAAAAAAAAAGUCAAGCUCUUUUCUCUGUUCUCAGACACUGUGGACGUGUCUGCUGAAUGCAACAAUGAAGCAUUCUUAAAAAAAGAAAAAACAAAUAAAAACUCUAUCUCCACAAAUGAGUACUACAUAUUUCUCAGUCUUUGCACGUUUUCAGCAAUUAUCUUCCAGCAUGUAUAGUACAUUUAGAGACAAAACUCUGAAUUUACUCUUUAAAUCCUGGUUAGAAUUGAGUUUUUCAGGAAACAACGGAUUAAGUUGUGGAAUGUAGUAUUUUUUUACAUGCUUAUUCUCUUGCCUUUUUAAAGAUUGAACCAGGCUAAUUAAACACAUCUUCCUCCUCCAGGAAUAGAAAUGAAACGAAAAGGCAAAAACCAAAUAACAUGUCAGGAUUUCCUGGCGUUUUAUUCCUAGUGAGGUACGCUGGGCCGCUCUCGUCCAAAUCCGUGUCAUUCCGAGGGGGAGUGAUGGGAGCUGUGCCGUGAGUAAUACAUCUUUCUACCCAGUUGUCAAGGAAAUAUCUCUGGUGUUAUUUCCUCCCUAUUACUUAUGGAUGAGGAGGCAGAGGCAGAGGCAGAAUGUUGAAUAGCAAUGUUGGGCUCGCGGAGGACUAGAUGCCGAUAUUUGACACUCAUUGGAGCCAAUUAGCGUUGCCAAUUUCACCUUUAAGAUCAUUUAAAAUAGUUUCAUGUCAUGUUCCAUUCACUGUUUUUCCUCUCAUUCUGUAGUGUUUUAUGCUUGAUUUGUUUGCAUUGAGGUGGCUGUUCGAGAUAUUUCCAGUGUAUUUUCAUAUCUGUUUUGCUAAAAAAUGUAAGUAGAUGGAUGUCAAAUAAAAUACUGAAUGUGGGGGGGCUAUACUGGUUAUGCCUCUGCAUAUGCUCUAUCCUCAA